CUCCCGCGCUGGAAUUUAGGAAGGUGUUAUAUCUGUGAUUACUUGCUUUUCAAAUCCAAAACUCCAAAACAUUUCUGUCACGAGACCACCUUAAACAUGUCUCUGUUUUCUAGUGCCUAUAUAUUCAACACAACACCCAUUCACAUGCUCAUGUUAUCAUCUUCACUAUUCCCCAUUCUCCUCUCUCUGUCUCUUUCACGGGCUUCAAUUGGAAAAAUCCAAAGGAACCCAUUUUCUCUUUUCUAUUCCUUUGUUUUCUAUCCAACUUAGGUUAUAGAUUUCUGUUGGGUUCCAAUUCCAAUUCGUUUAGCUUCUACUUAAUUUAAGGGUGUUUGUUGCGUCAUGGUUGGUGCUUAGUUUAAUGGUUUGAUUCUGAAUUUCUCACCAAAGAUGGAGACUUUUGUGUUUUUGCUUGUGACCCUUUUGCUGUGUGGUUGUGCUGCUGGGAAAGAAUGCACAAACAUUCCUACUCAAUCUCACACGUUUCGGUAUGAGCUAUUGACAUCCAAGAACGAGACAUGGAAAUCAGAGGUGAUGUCUCACUUCCAUUUGACUCCCACUGAUGACUCUGCUUGGGCUGAUUUGCUGCCAAGGAGGUUCUUGAGUGAGAAGAACAAGCAUGAUUGGGGUGUGAUGUAUAGGAAAGUCAAGAACAUGGGAACCUUCAAUUCACCUGAAGGGUUUCUAAAAGAAGUGCCUCUUCAGGAUGUGAGGUUGCUUGAGGGUUCCAUCCAUUGGAGGGCACAGCAGACAAAUUUGGAGUAUCUUUUGAUGUUGGAUGUGGACAGGUUGCUUUGGAGCUUCAGGAAGAAUGCUGGUCUACCAACUCCUGGGACGCCUUAUGGAGGAUGGGAAGGUGCAGAUAUUGAGCUCAGGGGUCAUUUUGUUGGACAUUACUUGAGCGCAUCAGCACUAAUGUGGGCCAGCACAAACAAUGAUACCCUGAAGCAGAAAAUGGACACUCUUGUUGCCGGCCUAUCUGCCUGUCAGGAGAAAAUUGGAUCCGGAUAUCUCUCUGCAUUUCCAUCUGAGUUUUUUGAUCGAGUCGAAGCUAUUCAAUCUGUGUGGGCUCCCUAUUACACCAUUCACAAGAUCUUAGCUGGCCUGUUGGAUCAAUAUACUGUUGCUGGAACCCCUCAAGCUCUAAAAAUGGGGACAUGGAUGGUUGAUUACUUUUACAACCGCGUGCUGAAUGUCAUAACGAUGUACACUAUAGAAAGACACUAUCAAUCACAGAAUGAAGAAACUGGAGGAAUGAAUGAUGUCCUUUACAAAUUAUAUAGCUUAACGGGGGAAUCGAAGCAUCUAUUGUUGGCUCACCUUUUUGACAAACCAUGCUUUUUAGGGUUGCUUGCAGUGCAGGCUGAUGACAUAGCUGGUUUUCACACUAAUACACAUAUCCCAAUUGUUAUCGGAGCUCAAAUGCGGUAUGAAGUCAUGGGUGAUCCACUUUAUAAGGAAAUUGCAACAUUCUUUAUGGACACUAUAAACUCUUCUCAUAGCUAUGCAACUGGAGGGACAUCAGUGAGCGAGUUCUGGAGUAAUCCAAAGAGAAUAGCAGACAACCUAAAAUCGACAGAGAAUGAAGAAUCGUGCACUACUUAUAAUAUGUUGAAGGUUUCACGCCACCUGUUUAGAUGGACCAAAGAAGUCUCUUACGCAGAUUAUUAUGAGCGUGCUUUAACAAAUGGUGUACUCAGCAUUCAAAGAGGAACAGAUCCUGGAGUGAUGGUUUAUAUGCUUCCACUCGGUGUUGGGGUUUCCAAAGCUAAAACUGGACAUAGUUGGGGAACGCCAUUUGGUGCUUUCUGGUGCUGCUAUGGAACAGGAAUUGAAUCAUUCUCAAAGCUCGGAGAUUCUAUCUAUUUCGAACAGGAAGGGAAGGAUCCUGCUCUUUACAUCAUUCAGUACAUAUCAAGCUCAUUUAAUUGGAAAUCUGGGGGCAUCUUGCUCAAUCAGACAGUGGUUCCAGCUUCUUCAUGGGAUCCUUAUCUUUAUGUGACAUUUACGUUUUCUCCUCAUGAGAAAACUGGUACUUUAUCUGCAUUGAAUUUUCGACUACCAUCUUGGACUCUUACAGAUGGUGCCAAGGGGAUAUUAAAUGGUGAAACUUUAUCUCUUCCAACUCCAGGAAAUUUUUUGUCGAUCAAACGACAGUGGAGUGCUGGUGACAAGCUAACCCUUCAAUUACCAAUUACCAUCAGAACAGAGGCCAUUAAAGAUGACAGACCUGAAUAUGCAUCUGUUCAAGCAAUUCUUUACGGUCCUUACCUUCUUGCUGGCCACACCACUAGUGAUUGGGCCAUUAAAGCUGUUGCAGACUGGAUUACUCCAAUUCCUUCCAAUUACAAUAGUCAACUAGUUUCUCUCUCCCAAGACUUUGCAAACUCAAAUUUUGUUUUAACAAACUCAAACCAAACACUUACUAUGCAAGAAUUACCUGGAUCUGGCACUGAGUUUGCUCUGCAUGCAACCUUUAGACUCAUCCUAAAAGAAUCUUCCUCAAAGUUUUCAUCAUUGACGGAUAGUAUUGAGAAAUCAGUGAUGUUAGAACCAAUUGAUCUUCCUGGAAUGAAUGUUGUUCACCAAGGAGCAAACCAACCUCUGAUCAUUUCCAAUGGCGGGCCAUCUUCGGUUUUUCUUGUGGUACCGGGAUUGGAUGGACGAAAUGGAACCAUCUCUUUAGAAUCUCAGAGCAAUAAGGGUUGUUAUGUGCACAGUGGCUUGAGUUCUGGUUCAGAAGUGAAGCUCAGUUGCAUCUCUGGUUCUGAAGCUACUUUUAAGCAAGCAACAAGCUUUGUUGUUUGGAAAGGAUUAAGGGAAUACAAUCCUAUCAGCUUUGUGGCCAAAGGGACAAGCAGAAAUUUUCUUUUGGAGCCAUUAUUGAGUUUCAGAGAUGAGCGUUAUACUGUUUAUUUCAACAUUCAAAAUUGAUGAUACAAGAUUUAUUUUCAAUAAGUAAUAUUUAUCUAACUUUGGUCUGUGAAGGUUCAAAUAAUCGACAUUCAAUUAUAAAAAGAAUGUUGAUGAAUUUCCUCUUGUGCUUGAUGGUCUGUAAUUGAAAUUUGAAACAGUACACAUGAUCAACUGGAUAUGCAUACAUGACCACUGUUUUUUUUUA